GCCACAGUGGAGGCGUUCAGAAGUAGAGCCGCUCCGGUUUGAUUGGAGGAAGUAAUACAUCAACAAAGAAAGAUGGCCGAAGUCAUAGAACUGCAGAAACUGAAGCUUGCUGAACUGAGGCAGGAGUGUGAUGCCCGAGGCCUGGAGACAAAGGGAAAUAAAGGAGAACUCAUUGCCCGACUUCAAGCCUAUCUGGAGGAGCACGAGGAAGAUGUGGACGUAGACGAUGUGCUGGGAGAGGAUACAGAGGAUUUCACUAAAGUUGAGAGUGCCAACGAUGAGAAAGACAUCAAGGAAUCUGAGUCUACUGAGUGCGAGAUACCUGCUGAAAAGAAGGUGGUGAAAAUAACUCCUCCAUCAUCUGCCAGUGAAAGACUACAGAAGCGAGCUGAACGUUUCAACUUGCCUGCAUCAGCUGAGAGCAAAAAGGCCAUACGUGCAGCAAGGUUUGGCUCCACCGAUGCUUCCAGUCCCUCUCCAGGUCUGUUGCUUUACUAAACUGGUUUUAUAUGUUCUCACUGGAGCAAAAGGUUCCCAGGAAUACACCACUCUUUGGGAUUUCUCGCCAUAAAUGGAGUGUGAUUUCAAAAUAAAAUCAUGUUUAGUGGUAGUUAGACUUUUUUAUAGUCAGAUCGUCAGAUUAUGUGGUAGGAGAACAAUUCCCGGUAAAAGUACACUACCUUUUGAGGUAAAGAAAACAGGGAUA